CCACAUCCUCAUUUGAACAGAUCAUGCUAUUCUACCCUUGUAGUAUAAUUGCCUAAGUCAAGAGCAUGACUUAGGCUGUUUUAUUUUGCCUAUAAGUCGAAAGCCAUUGAGCAAUUUUACAAGAUUUUCUAAAUGGCAGCUGCAUCAAGAAGAACACAAAUCUACUCAACCUCUGAGGUCCAUUUAUUUGUGUUUUCUGAGAAACCUGAAAAAAUGACAUUUAUUAUGAAAAAUUCAUUUUACCUUUCUGAUUAAUUUGGCAAGGGUAAAAUGCAUAUUUGUAAGAUUUCCUUGUUUUGUUAAAGCAAACAAGCAUUCUGGAAUAACAUGGAUCAUCCAGAUUUGCAUAUAUAGUAGUCAGGGGUCUCCAAUGUGGUGCCUGCUGGGACAAGGUAGCCCACACAGAGUCAGUGAGGUGCCCGCCAAAGCACAUUUUAUUAAUAGUCUCAAUUGUUAUAUUUAUUUAUUUAUUACAUAUUUUUUAUAUUAGCUUGGCUUGGUUUACGUUUGUUAACAUUUUGACACAACACUAAGACAUAUCAACAAGUAAAAUAAAUAGUAAAACAAAUAGGUUUUGAGUAGACUAUAUCAAAAAGUAGCCCUCCAGAUUGUUUUAUCCAUUGUGGUAGCCCUUGCCCACAAAAAGGUUGGAGACCCCUGCAGCUCGUGUAUUUGUGCUGUGUGGAGGAGGCAUAAAAACUAAGAAAUUCUGAAAUGGGUGUAUAUAAUUUACUUCACUUCCAAGUUGUUAGGCUGAUACAUUUAAUUAUUAACAACAGACGUAGUUAACAUGUAAAUCAGAAGAAUUAAUGGUCUGAAACCUUUAUAUCGCAAUGUAUUUUAUCCUUCCAGUCUACACAAGGAGGCAGCAAAGUUCCAUUCAAACAUUGUCAAUUGGUUAAAUUAUUUAAAUAACAUUCAAAAUCAAAGAGCUAACAUUGAAACCAAAUUGCACUUUAUAAGUAAUGCCAUCAUUUUUUUUUUAAAGAAAGAACUUUAUUGUUUCAAAUUAACGAGGCAUGUGAAGUGAUUAAAAAAUGAAUGAAACAAUGAAGCAUUGGAGUGGCUGGAAUGCUUAAUAAGGAAGUUGCGUCUGUUGUGUUUGUCAGUGUGUUUCUGCCCUGCUACUGACAGGUAAGAUGAAGACAGGUGAUCCACAGUCGUAUGACUGAGGGCAGUCUUUAUACUGAAUGGCACCAGUUGAGGAGGGUGUGAUAGGUUGGGUAUCAGGGUGUUCUUCCUCCCUACAGAUUAGCAUUGUGUCAGCCUGCUUCAUCAUCAUGUAUGUUACGCUCUACAGUCUUUGUGCAAGCUGUUACAGUGACAUGCGUUUGUCCGGACAAGAGAAAAACAAAAUUCCUUUUCCACAAAACAAAACACCUGGGGUCACUGAACUGUCCUGCAGAAAUCUAAACAGACUUGAACAUGAUCCACAAUGUGUUAAAACUCUACAACUUCCCUUUCUUCCAUCGGAGCCCUUGGUUUACUCAGAGCCUCUGGGACUUACGCCUUCAUUUCAUCAUCAGGAAUGUAGGAAUGACACAUCCAUCAGUGAUGAAUACAUGACAACCACCGAGGAUCUAACUGAUCAUACAUACUCUCUACUGGACACUGGAUUGAAUGAAGAAAAUCCUUACGAAUGCAUUAAUGAGACUCCAUCACUCCUGUCAGUCAGACCUGAAGGGAAAUCUUCUCUGAUAAUGACGAAGCCAGCGCAGCUUGAUGUUAAAGACUCAGGCACAGUGCUUAGUAACCCAGUAAACAACCAUGAAAUGAAGCAACCUCUCGCUCUGACUGUCCAAUCUUUGACUAAUUCAGAACCAACUGAUGUUUACGCUACAGUGAACUGGCAAACAAAAACUCCGAAAAACCCAGAAGCUGUAUUUGACACAUAUGUUGUGGAUGACAUGAUUGAUGGUACUGAGGAGGCUGUGCCUCCCAUUCCAGAUAAACAUUUCUAAUAUCAAUAAAGGGACCAGUUAUUCUUUUUCCCUACUAUGGAAAUGAAUAUGACUCAUGAUCGGUUUGGUUACACAUAUCUUCAUUCGUGUUCAUCAGAACAAAGGGGGUGAACUAUCCCUUUAAAAUUCACUUUUUAAUUUGCAAUGUUUGAUAUGAUUCAUCAUAGUUUUGUAUUUAUUUACAUUUUACAAGCAUUCCCACACUCUUAAAACAGUUGUGUUAAAACAACACAUUUUGUGUCUAGUUAAGGACAACACAUUUAAUGUGUUGUCCCUAACUAGACUAAUAUCGGUGUUAUUAUUGAAUCACAUCUUCUGUUGUCCCUUUUAUUUAUUUGAACACAAAAUCAACACAAAAAUAACACAUAAUGUGUUAAAUAGCAUUACACAAAAAAAUUCCUUUCUUACAGUGCAUAUAAAGUAUGCUUAAGUACACUAGUGUUUAAACUUUCAAGAUACUUUGGUGUUUUUUGAAUCUUACUAUUGUAAAUAUGAAAGGGGUUCCUUAAAGAUUAUAACAACUAAUAAUUUGCAGAAUAAAAGUUUUUGUUUACAUCAUGUAUGUGUGUGUACUGUGUAAAAUAAUAAUGUAUAUAUAUAUAUAUAUAUAUAUAUAUAUAUAUAAAUACACACACACACACACAUGUUUAUAUUUAAGAAAUAUCACUAAUAUUGCAUACAGUUUUUUUACUUAAUUUUUUACCUUUUUAAAAAUGUCUUUGUAUUUUUGCCUUUAAGCAGUUUUAAUGUGUUUUUGCAAGCUUGUCACAUAUCACAUAUCAUGUAGCCUAUUACACGUGGGCUAUCAGUAUUGCUGCAAUUUUAAUAAAACUGUAUAAAAGAAGCCAACCACCCCUCGGUUAUUCUAGGUCAUUACGAGUCACAUGACACGAUGCUUCGAGAAGCGAGACUGGACUCAGACUGAAACACAACAUGCCUGUUGUGUCCAGACCGAAAAUCCCUUUUGGCGACUAAAAGAAGAAAUCUUAUAAUCCCCCGACAUUACGGACGUCCCUGUCUGUCUGUUUACGCAUAAACAAUGCUGUAUAUUUCGGAAAUAGUGUGAACUGAAAUUAUGUAGGUGAAAGGUCAUAUCAGUGAACUGCUUUGAAAAAUGUCUACACAUGAAAUUUAAUGAAAAAUUGCACUGUAAAUAUUAAACAUUUAUGAAUGCAACAAUGCUCACGACCAAAAUGAGCUUGAAUGUGAAGUAUUUUAAUUGAAAACAUAAGAGGAGUAGCCUGUCUUAGGUCAAAACAACAGUCCUCCUCUUACUUUAAACAAAAGUGUGUUUAAAAUCAAUACAUAAAUUAAAAAUAUGCCAAAUGCGUAAAUAACUAUUUAAAU